UAUCUGGAACUACGAUUCAGCAAGGGAGUAAGGACAGCAGGCUCCAUGACAUUCUCGGUACAGAUGCUGCUGUACAUGGCCCUCGUAUUGUACGCUCCAUCUCUAGCACUCAAUGCCGUGACUGGAUUUACUUUAUGGGGCUCUGUGAUAGCUGUUGGUGCCGUCUGUACACUCUACACCUGUCUGGGUGGUAUGAAGGCGGUCUUGUGGACGGACACUUUCCAGGUAACCAUGAUGUUUGCUGGACUCGUUGCCAUUCUAAUCAAAGGCAGCAUAGAAAGUGGAGGCAUUGGGGAGGCAUGGCAACGGGCAGUGGACGGAGAGAGAGUUUUGUUUAACGACUUCGAUCCAAAUCCUACCAAACGUCACAGCGUGUGGUCUCUAGUGAUUGGUGGAACAUUUACAUGGGUCGCCAUAUACGGCGUUAACCAGGCUAUGGUGCAACGUUGCUGUACUUGCUCUUCACUGAAGCAAGCUCGGCUGGCUAUAUGGUUGAACUUCCCGGGACUCUGUCUGAUCCUGUACCUGUCCUGUUUUAUCGGUAUGGUGAUGUACGGGUUCUAUAGAAACUGUGAUCCCUUCAAAUUUGGUCUCGUUCAGUCCUCAGACCAGUUGCUUCCCUUGUUUGUGAUGGAUGUGCUUGGAACCGCACGUGGAUUCCCGGGACUUUUUGUCGCCUGUCUCUUCAGCGGAGCUCUCAGUACAAUAUCAUCCGGGCUAAACUCCCUGUCUGCAGUGGUAUUACAAGAUAUCAUUAAGUCCUACUUUUUGCCAGACAUCUCCGAGCAGCGUGCGACACUAGUUUCAAAAAUCUUAGCCUUGGUGUUCGGUGUGAUCUGCUUAGGACUGACCUAUGUGGCAUCUUUACUGGGAGGAGUUUUACAGGCUGCCCUGUCGCUGUUCGGCAUGAUUGGAGGACCGCUACUGGGACUAUUCAUCCUCGGAAUGAUGUUCCCCUGGGCCAACAAAUGGGGAGCGUACGCCGGUCUACUGUUUGGACUCGUUUUCAUGUUCUGGAUAGGUGUAGGGGCGCAGAUAUAUCCUCCGGUCAUACCUACGUCUCCUAUAUCCACCAUAGAUUGUAACUGGAAUCUCACCAUAGCGCCAAACAUAACCGCCGCAUCGUCCAUUCUUAAUUCUACAACGAAUGCGCCAACACAAGAGGACAGCAAUCCUCUCCACAAACUGUACACGUUAUCUUACAUGUGGUACAGCGCUACGGCCGUGCUUGCCACCUGUGUAGUGGGACUAAUCGUCAGUGGAAUUACAGGAUUCAAUGAUCCAGUGGAAGCUGACGCCCGUCUGAUCUGUCCAUUGUUUGACAUUCUGUUCCCGUAUCUACCCGAUGUGAUCCGCAAACCUAUGCGCUUCGGCGUGGACUACAGCACUCUUGAGACAUCAUCGGGAUCCAGUAAUGAAUCUGAAGACAAAAUGACUGUAUCGUCAGAUGUCAAAAUGAAGUAUCAGAGGAGCUUUGAUAAAAUCAACGGGAUAGAAAUGGGCAAGUCUGCAAGUCAAGACAGUGGCAUAGAACAGGAGGGAAGUGAAGUAGUUGAUAACGAUCCACCCUUGUACGACCAGAACACAGAUUCGACGACAUAUACCACCAAACUUUGACCCACAUGUAUACACUUGUAGCAGUUUUUUAUAUAUUUUUUUGCAAGAGAAGGUACCCCAUUCAUCUUCGAAAUAACAUUGAGCAAUUUACCUUGGGAUUGCCCGGUAAUUUAAAAAAAACAUCCUGUUACAACUUUUCAUGUCUCGAAAGGAAAUCGUCCGUCUUCCACCCACCAUUUGUCACUGUAAGCACUUGAUUUGUGGCAAAUUCUGUCAUGCGCAUUUUGACUCCAAGGAUGAGUGGUAGGCGGUACUCUGUAGCUAUUUGUUCGGACCGAACAAAAUUCAUAUAUACUGUUUUUGUGUUAUAAUAACUUUUCCUACAGAUGUGUGCACAUUGUGUGAACGGUGUGUGCACGAUGGGCGAACGACAAAAAGCUGGACGAUCAUUGAUUGCGCACAUAUGUGCGCACGAUGGACGAACGUUGUGCGAUUACAAUCGUGGUUGAUGUUAAUUGAGGAAUGCCUUAACAAUUUAUACGGUUUCAUGUUUAAACAUAUAAACCUGAUUUUUACCUAUGUUUCUAUAUUAUAGCUACAUCUAUAAACUUAUCUU